ACCGCGCCCCCCUCCGGAGAAACAGGAAGUGAGGUCACCAUCCCCUAACAUCAUUCUGCGUCGCCAUGCUGACUUCCUGACCAACCAGAAGGCUGCGUGGGACUCUGACUCGGAGGGUGAGGCAGAGGGUGAAGAGGGGGGAGGAGGGGUGAGGAAGGUUCCUGACGUCCGUAGAGAUGACCUGGCAUCCCGCCGCGCCCCGCGCCCCCCCGCUGCUCCCAGAGUGCACCAGUACAUCCCCCCGCCUGCCUGCAGCCUCCGGGACAGAGAACUCUGGGAGGACAUCAGACGAGCCUCACACACUGCUCUGAUGGAGAGAAGCCACUUGGGUGGAGUCGACGACUCACAUUCACAUACCCCGCCUCCUAACCCUGGCCCCUCCUCCCCCCUGAGCCCUGAGGCCCCUCCCACCCUGUUGGAGCUAGAAACCCAUCUGGCUCAGUAUGAGAGGGCAGAGAGAGAGGAGGAGGAGGGUGGAGGGAGGGAUGGAGGGAAGGUUCCGGACCUUCAAAAGGAUGACAUGAUGGCCAGGAGGACAGGUGCGUUCCCCAGGACCCCCAUCACCAUGGCAACAACAUUCAACCGCUUCCUACCGCUGCCGGGUGGUUCCAAACGCCCCGCACAGGAAGUAGUCACAGAGAGGAAGCUACAGCAACCCAGGGUCUCCAUGGACGUGCCUCAACAGCACCCCGACGUGGCCAUGGUCGUCAGGCCGCCCGCUCCCAGCCAUUGUAACUAUGAUGAUGAUGAAGAUGAGGAGGACGAUGAUGAGGAUGAGGGAGAGCGCCCUGUACCAGACCUGGAGAAGGACGAUAUGUUGGCUCGUAGGACCGGGGCAUUUCAAUGCAGCGCGGGGGGAACCGGACGCUCCUUUAACCUGUUCCUGCCUGUCCCUGGAGCGGCCCAACAGAAGAACACCCCCGCUGGCGGGCCGAACCAACUCUACAAGAACACCCCCUCUGGUGGACCCAACCAACUCUACAAGAACACCCCCUCUGGUGGACCCAACCAACUCUACGAGAACACCCCCUCUGGUGGACCCAACCAACUCUACAAGAACACCCCCUCUGGUGGACCCAACCAACUCUACAAGAACACCCCCUCUGGUGGACCCAACCAACUCUACAAGAACACCCCCUCUGAUGGACCCAACCAACUCUACAAGAACACCCCCUCUGAUGGACCCAACCAACUCUACAAGAACACCCCCUCUGGUGGACCCAACCAACUCUACAAGAACUCCCCCUCUGGUGGACCCAACCAACUCUACAAGAACACCCCCUCUGAUGGACCCAACCAACUCUACAAGAACACCCCCUCUGAUGGAACCAACCAACUCUACAGACACAGACAGCAACCCAGGUUGAGCAGGAGAGUGUCUAAGAGGUCUGAGGAGUUGGAGAGCAUAAGUAUGAUUGACAUGCGCAGCGAGGAGGAGGGGGCAGGACUACUUCAGCCUCUCGGCCAAUCACGAUACGAGGGCAUGCAGGAGCAGUACACCAAUCACCAGGAGGAGGAAGAGGAAUGGCAAGAGGAUCUAGCCCGGUGGAAGAGUCGUCGUCGCAGUGCGUCUCAGGAUCUGAUCAGAAAGGAAGAGGAGAGGAAGAGGAUGGAGAGGAUGAUGAAGGAGGAGGAGGGGGGGCACACCCAGAAGAGGAAGAACAUCAAGACGUACAGAGAGAUCGUAGAGGACAAAGAGCGUAGGGAGGCGGAGCUGUGUGAUGCGUACAGGAGGGCGGGCUCUAAAGAGGAAGCUGCCAUGGUUCUCCAGCGUUACGCUCUCCGCUUCACCAUUAGUGACGCUACGCUGGACAGUCUGCAGCUACCUAGAACCACUACUAUUGACCAGAACCCUGAGUCUAGAACCACUACUACCAACCAGAACCCUGAGUCUAGAACCAUUACUACUGACCAGAACCCUGAGUCUAGAACCAUUACUACUGACCAGAACCAUGAGUCUAGAACCAUUACUACCGACCAGAACCCUAAGUCUAGAACCAUUACUACUGACCAGAACCAUGAGUCUAGAACCAUUACUACCGACCAGAACCCUAAGUCUAGAACCAUUACUACUGACCAGAACCCUGAGUCUAGAACCACAACUAUCGACCAUAACCCUGAGUCUAGAACCAUUACUAUUGACCAGAACCCUGAGUCUAGAACCACUACUACCAACCAGAACCCUGAGUCUAGAACCAUUACUACUGACCAGAACCCUGAGUCUAGAACCAUUACUACUGACCAGAACCAUGAGUCUAGAACCAUUACUACCGACCAGAACCCUGAGUCUAGAACCACUACUAUUGACCAGAACCCUGAGUCUAGAACCAUUACUACCGACCAGAACCCUGAGUCUAGAACCACUACUACUGACCAGAACCCUGAGCCUAGAACCAUUUCUACUGACCAGAACCCUGAACCUAGAACCAUUACUACUAACCAGAACCCUGAGUCUAGAACCACUACUACUAACCAGAACCCUGAGUCUAGAACCACUACUACUGACCAGAACCCUGAGUCUAGAACCACUACUACCGACCAUACCCCUGAGUCUAGUACCAUUACUAACCAGAACCCUGACCCUAGAACCAUUACUACCCAGAACCCUGACCCUAGAACCAUUACGACCGACCAGAACCCAGAACGAGCUGGAAACGGACUAGAGGCCAGGCAGGCUGACACAAAGCAAGAGCCCCGAGCCCCCAAACAACCCCAAACCACUGUCACACACACCAAACACACACACACCAAACACACACACACCAAACACACACACACCGAACACACACACACCAAACACACACAGCUCCAAACCCAAAACCCACAACACACACACACACAAAACCACUCCACGCAAUGUCAACACACACUCCACCCUCCCAUCUCCCCCCCCUCCCGGCCCCUCCCUCUCCUGACAGCCGAGCCCUACUGCCAGCCCUCACACCAACAGCCUGGACUCAAGCCUGAUAAGGUAGAUGGCCCCUCCCCCCUUCACUCCCCCCCACCCACUGAACACCCUGGAGCCAAUCAGAAGACAGAUGCGUCGGCCAUCAGCGCCCUGAUUGGAGGGAGGAACUGUGUUGUCACAACGACCAUCGUGACGGAACUCACCCAGACACACCUGCAGCCACGCCCGUCAGAUAUGCCCAGCAACACACAGGUGAACAGCUCCUUGGCAUCGUCAAGGAGAUCAGGGGAGGAGGCGGGGUCUGACUCUUCAUUGCUUAGCAACCAGCACACCUACUCAUCCUCGGUGACAGAAGGACUGGAGGGGAGCAGUGUGACUAUUGAGAGCCCCAUGUUGAACCUGGCUAAGCGUGUAGAUCACUGGGUGUGGAACCCUGAGGAGGAGAGGAGACGACAGGAGAGGUGGCAGCUGGAGCAGGAGAGAUUCCUACAGGAGCAGUAUCUCAGGGAGCAGGAGAAACUGAAGGUAGUGUGGGAGAGAGCGCAGAGAGAGGUGGACGAGGAGGAACGGAGACACAACGAAGAGGAGAAGAGGAUCCUGGAGGAGACGGCAACAGCCCUUUCUCAUUUCCCUCCCAUAGAGCUCCCUGUUCAGACAGAAGUCAUCGUUCCAGCACAACAGAUCUGUAAGACAGAAGCAAUCGCUCAUCAGAACGGCCAGGAUCAGCAUGCCGUAUCCCAACUACAGUUUAUACAGGAUGCAUCAUGGGACUGUGAGUCCUCCAGGGGUCAGGAGACGUCUCUGGACCGCAACCAGCCCAGCGUCGUCAAGAGGUCAGGAUCGUAUGACGGCCCACAUCCACCUUCAUCAUCACCAUCAUCACCUCAACCCCCCUCACCCAGCAGGUGUGUGAGUGGUAAGCGUCAGUGUUCAGGUUGUAAUCAGGCGCUGGGGAAAGGAACAGCUAUGAACAUCGACAAGCUGGGCCUGUACUUCCACCUAACCUGCUUUAAGUGUGGAGUGUGUAAGGGACAGCUAGGUGACACCAGUUCAGGAACAGACAUUAGGAUUGGUAACGGACUGCUGAGCUGUCACGACUGCUAUGUCACAUCACACGCAGCUGGCCAGCCGACUACGCUGUGAUUGGCUACAACCUGCAUCUGGAAUCCUUCCCAACAUUCUGGAACGCUGUGGAAUUCUCACUCUUAACUGGACACACAAACUUCUCCCAGAUGAUGUCAUGGGGACUGAACUGUCUGCUGCUAACGGAGGCUAACUGAGGCUAACUGAGGCUAACGGAGGCAAACGGAUGCUAACUGCUAAGUGCUAGCAUUGUAGCUGAUCAGCCAGUGUUUCCCAGACUGACUGAGUACAGAGACCUGAAGCACAACCACUGAUCUACAACAGCACACUCAGACACAUGCUACAUGCUAACACCGGUAGCAGUCGGAAUGUAGCAGCUACCUACCUUACUGUCAAAUCAGCUAACGGAUGCUAACUGCUAAAUGCUACUGUUCACUCACCAUCAUAAUGCCUUAAUAACUCUGUUUUGUUUUGUUUUGUAUUUUGCAUGAAAGGAGACCGUGUUAGUUAUUGUUGUUGUUGUUGUUAACAGUAGUUAGGCUGUGCGACUGAGGUGACAGUGUUACCUAGCGACAGCCCUGACUACCACAUAUAGUUGUUAUGGUUACUGUAUGCCUCCUCCAUGUUGUUGUGUAGUGAUAAAAGCUGUUCUGAGGUUCUACUCUGAGGUUCUAGUUUGAAGGUUCUACUGAUCACCAUAUACAUCAUUAUGCUGCGUUUCAUUACUGAGAGAGCAAUAAGGAUGCAUGAUAGCUUUAGUGAUUAUGGGAUGUUAUUAUUACCGUUUAAUACCUAGGAUAUUCUGACAUUGAGUUUUAGAGCUUUGCAUCCAACUCUGCCUUAAGACAAGAGUGAGAGGGAUUUGCACACGUGUAGUGUCGUGUGCUAGUCAUUUUAGUUCAACAUGAAGCACAGUCCUCCUAUACCAGCAAAUAUUACUUCGCAUUGACCCUCCCUCUCCCUCUUUCUCUCACCUGGUUUGACCUUUACUCCUAAGAAUAACCAAUGAAUGAGACAACGCUAUCUGCUGCUUCCAGUUUAUGCCCAGCCUCUUGUCCUGUGGCAUUUUUUAGGCCUAUUUCUUACACCAAUCAAAUGCUCUGGAUAGAUGAGGAGAGGAGAGGAGAGGAGAGGAGAGGAGAGGAGAGGAGAGGAGAGGAGAGGAGA